GGUGAUGGCUUGGCAAGGCAAGAGGCAAGACAUGCAAGACGCAUUCUCACUAGGAGUCUCGUAUUCAUUCAUUCAUGAUAAUGUUCAAAGAACGUAUUUUUAAAUUUUGCAAAUAUAAUCGAACGAAUUGAAAAUAAAUUGAAUUAUUAUCUUAUUUUGGAAGCAAUGACUGUACUGCGUGCCACCAAGAAACCCAUGCCUGUCCGGUACGGUAGAUAUUACAGAGCUGCACUGGUAGAUGCUGCUUCCCUCGGACUCCGACUCCACGUUAGCCGCUUCCUCCUCGGCGUUGCGCGUCGCCGAGGCAGCCAUGGCAUCUUCUUGACUUUCUACGAGCAAACCAGUCCAUUAAAACCUCUCCAGCACGUAGCCUUAUCAAUAUAAGUAAUAACGCCAAAGCCAAAAGCAAUUGAUAAAGUAUAGGCAACGUAAACAAGCAGACUCACUCGGUCGCUUAUAAGGCCGGAGCGCUGCGAGUAAACUAGUUAAAGAGGAAGUGCGUGCGGCCCAGUUGUCCCGAUGGUCAUACUCCGCGCGUGUACUGUGCGUAAAUACGCGCGUAUGCAGGUCGUGUGCCGCCAACGGAGAUUACAGUGUGUGUCCCUUUAGGCGCCGAUGGUAUAGGUAUGCAUGAGAAUGCGAUAAUAAAUCAAAUGUCAGCGGAGGAACACCUAAAAUGGACACGCGAGACCUUUUUAUACCCGACCAACCUGCACUCGGCCAGAGACACACAAUUUUCCGAAGGAUAAUCGAUUGUUUACCAAUGCUUUGGUUAGAUUGCAGUUCGUAGAUAGAUAUAGGUACAACAUGUAAACACACGCCGAGAUUUUGAUCCGCGACUGUCUUCUCUUUUCUAUACACGCUGCGCGUCGUCAGACACACACACUACCACUCUUAAGCAUGAGAAUUAUCAGCGAGCAGAUUUAGGCGUUCCGAAAUCGCAGAUAUAGACGUGUAAAGUUAUAAACUCACUUUAAACUCCACCUUCCAUUUAUCUCGUUUCCCAACAACACACACUCGCUUCCAAUCUGAUCCUUAUUUACCUACGGAUCUACUACUCCCGCAGACCUACGCACAUACGCGGCUUUCCAUCGUCGGAGCGGAGUCUCGCGCGUAGGACUGACUGCGUAUGGGCGUGCGUGAAAAUCAGCUACUCGAUAAACAGCGACUGAUGUGCACGCGCCACGCACACUUCUUCUCCAUAUGUGUAUGUGUGCUAUAGAGCUGCGGUACGCCGUACGCGAGUGUUUAGUUUAGAGAGCGCCUCGGGACUCGGGACGGACUGACUUCUGCAGCGACGAAGCGAGACUUGUGUGAUGUACAGCUAUAUGGUCUGUUCUCGGAGCGAAUGAGACAGCUGAUAGGUAGGUCGAGAGGGAGGAAGAAGGACGGAGAUAGAAUUGGUACGAGCAGACGUCGCCCAUUGCAGAGAGCGGCGAUGCAGCGCUAUAAGAUAAAAAAGCAGCCGGACUGCUGCAGCCCGCGCUCUUCUAGCUUCCUGUUCCUGCUGCCUGCAUAUGUAGAUCUCAUUUUAUAUCGGGGAGGGAGACGCUGAUGCUCUUGAUGCACGCGCGCUCGACAUUCGUUUGAAGGACUGCAGAGAGUGCAGGGUCCAUUACGAGAAGCUCGGAUAAGUGGAUCAGAGAGAACGGAGAUUUUUGCGAAAAUAUUUAUUGGAGAAUGUUUUGGAAAACUUGGAUUCAUGAUACCGUGGCGUCGAGAUUAUCAUUGUCCAAAUAUUGACUCAGUGAAUUGAGAAUUUUUUUGUGAAAAACAUGGCAUCUGGCGAUGACGCUGACAUGAGUUCAGUGGAAUUUACUUUGGAAGAUACUUAUGAGCAUCUGAAAGAUGUUAAAUGCGAGAAGGAACAGGAAGUCAAGGAGCUGAUUGACAUUGUACAGAAUAACAAAGUCAGGACACUCCAGCCAAAUGUUACACCGGAGGAGAUUCUCUUGAAGAGAUAUAAGUUUGCCCAAUCAUUAGCCAAGUUUGUCGCACAGGAGCAGCCUAAGGAUCUUUCCAUUCAUAAUACACCAGAUUUUUAUUCUGGAGCUCUUAAAGGUUUGGAAGAUGAAGUCCAAGCGAUGGAAGAACUGGAUAAAAUUACUGACGAAGAAAUUGCAGAGCUAGAAAGUGAUAUUGCAUAUAUGGAAAAGAAACAAACUGCACUUGAACUAAUAAAAGAAGCAUCCCUGAAUUCAGGUGAUAAGGAAGCAGCAACUAAUUUUGAAGCUGAAAUGAUUGUUACCAAGCAAAUUUUUGGUGAUGUUAAGAAAGAUUUGGCAUUUGUUGUUGACACCUUAUUCCCAAAUAAUGGAGCAUUUCAAAAUUUACUUUUUGUUCUCACAAGAGCAUUAAACAAAGGUGGAGACGAUCUCUACAUCACUGUUACACCUGAUGUACUAGACUUUGUUAAUUUCUUGGAAGAAGCAGAUAUUAUUCAAUUUCACCCCAAUGACAAGACUAAAAUUAAGUUGAGGAAUCUCUGAAGUGUGCAAUGUUAAACUUUGCAAGUAGUUAUUUUCGUUGUAAAUAUAUCUGUGAAAAUGUGUCUGUUGAUGUACUGAAACGUACCUAUUUUAUUAUUGACUUAAA